AUGGCAAUACAGCUGCAUUCUGAAUCAGCGCAAGAUUCAAACAAAGUGCCAUCACCAGGUGGAUUUAAUCUUCGUCUAACAGUACCCAAGAAACAUUAUUCAGUACAGCGAAACGAUUCGCUUCAAUUCAUUAUUACACCUGUUUUCGACAAGGCAAUGAUACAAAAGAAAACACCGAGCUCACCAGCUACAGUGCUUACUGUUGCCGGAUUAUUUGUCGUUGGUAUAACACUUGUUCUAAGUGGCAUUAUCGUGUUAUGCCAGCAGUCAGAGCAACCCUUCCGCAUAUGUGGCAGCUUGUUUAUUAGCUUCGGUUUAUCGAUGCUGUUAGCUUGUGCGGUACUUCAGCGUAAGAAUAUUAUCAAAUUUGUUGAAGACCUCAAUCAGGACUUGUAUUUCUUCUCGAUGAGCGAUAACUAUAUGUGGAAAUUGAUCUUGCAAUCGUCAGAAGAAAAAGAAAGACAUGAGGAGGUGAUCAUUGAAAUAAAUAACGAAAGUUUGGGGAUGCGUGUUGACGAAAAUUUACGCGUUAUUGAAAUAACUAAGCAAGGUCCCUGCGAUGGUAAAUUGUUACCUGGCGAUCACAUCAUUCAAAUUGGGGAUCGUACAGUUCAAACAGUUGAUGAGGCCAGAAAUGCAAUUGAAGCAGCUGGUGGAACAGUUCGAAUUGUAUUCGAUCGUGGGCUGCAAAGUACGACUCAGAAUAAUAUUCCAGAACAGUGUGAAAGUUUAUUUAAACGUCGUGAAGGCUUCACAUAUCAUUAUGUCCAAAUUAAUUAUGUAAAAGGGUGUAAAUUUGGCCUUGGUAUUAAGCAUUUUCAGAAUAACGUAAUCGUAUCACGUAUUGAUCCAGGUUCGUUGGCAGCACAGUCACUUCAAGAGAAAGAUCACAUCAUUGACAUUAAUGGUAUAAAAGUAACCGAUAAAGAAGUUGCAAGAAGUUUGCUUGUUCGAGCUCUUAAGAUUUGUGAUUCCUGA